UAACUCUAAUUGAUUGAUUGAUUUAUUUAUUAGAUUGAUUACUCCACAUUGUCUUCGCAGGUUGAUCUUCUCAAUUCUGUACAACAUCAAGUAAUACUAACGACACAGGUUCUUUCAACCGAGGCUUGCCAUUAUCGCCAUUAUCGCCAUUUUCUAAUCUCAGUACCAAAAUGGCUGCCGGCGAUCUCAUCGACUUUGAUAUAAUCGAGGGGCAGAAGGAAAAUAUUCAAUCCUUGCCCGGGGGACGGUCGGCAAAGAAGCUUGUUGAAGCCUUUUCGCCUUCCCCUUUGCAGCCUUUACACAAACUUUCGACACCUACACCGUCGGAUACCAAGAACAUCAACGAUUGCAUCAGGGCCGAGUACGAGGCCGAGAUCGAAAACAUUUCCGAGUCGGACGAUCCUCUCGAUGUCUUCGACCGAUAUGUUCGCUGGACCUUUGACGCAUAUCCAUCAGCGCAAGCCACGCCCCAAUCACAACUGCACACUCUAUUGGAACGCGCCACCAAAACUUUCAUCGGAUCAGCCCAGUACAAGAAUGAUCCGAGAUAUCUAAAGCUGUGGCUUCAAUAUAUCAGAUUCUUCUCCGACUCUCCUAGGGAAACUUACGUCUUCUUAUCACGCCAUAGCAUUGGCGAAGGACUAGCCCUGUUCUAUGAGGAGUACGCUGCCUGGCUGGAGAGCGCAGAGCGCUGGGCGCAAGCUGAGGAAGUAUAUAAGCUGGGUAUUGAGCGAGAUGCGAGACCAGUGCAAAGAUUAGUUCGCAAAUUCGGCGAAUUUGAACAAAGACGAGCACAACAACCCGACUCGGGAAAUACCCCGUCAUCGCCAGCAAUACCUACAGUCCGACCUGCACUAGUAGCCAAGAUCGAUCCCUUCGCUGCUCCGGCACGGCCAGCCGACCCUCAAGCUCCGAGACCAAACAUGGGCGUCGGCGGUCAAUCUUCAAAGUCUUCAAAGGCUAAGCUCACAAUAUUCUCAGAUGCUGAUGCUGAGCCCAGCGCCAUGUCAAAGAUGGGAGAGGGUUCCAAGGGGUGGGAUACAAUAGGAUCAUUGGGGGACCGUAAGAAGGAAAAUAUGGUGGAAGCCAAGCCUUGGGCGGGAGAAACGUUGACGACGCAGGUGAAGAAGAGCAAUGGUCCGAAGAUGGCUAUAUUUCGGGAUCCUUCUUUGUCUAGAAUAGCAGACUCCCAUAUUGUCAUUGCCCCGUCUAAGCAUCAAGUAAUCGUGAACUCUCAAAGCGGGAAAAGAGAGCGUGUCUUUGUUAACCUAAAUGCUAUUUAUCCAACUCCGGAGGAGCCCGGAACCGAACUUUCUUUCGAAGAACUUUGGGCUGCGAACCAAGGUUGGCUCGAUGUGUCGUGGGAGGACGACAGCUUCGCAGACGAACUGCAAGAACAGACUCUUGGACAAGGCUCGGAAGUAGAUAUGCUCAGUAAUCAGGUCGCGGAGAAGUUAGUAGUUCACCAAGAUGUGGUAGAGUUGGACGAGAACGGGGCAGUCAAGGAAAGCUCACGGCCUGCAAAAAGCAAAAAGAAGAAAGUGAUGGAGUAUAACGAGACCCAAAUCAUCAAAGCAAAACUAGACUCGCCUUCAGGGCCAAAAAUAAAGAAGAAGAAGAACAACAACAACAACGCUGCAAAUUCCGAGCCUACUAUGACAAUGCACACGAGAGCGGCAACUGAUGAUAUUUAUGAUAUCUUCAACGCUCCUCUCAAGCCUGCUCAAGAGGACGAAGCGGAAGAGAGCGAAGAGGAAGAGUACACGACAGACGACGAUUAUACUAGUGGUGGAGAGAGCGUUAAUACUACUAGACGAAUUUCGACUAGUGAGGCUGGUGACGACGACGAGAUACCUGAUGACAGGAGCGUGAGCGAAUGGUCCGAGUUCACGGUGCAGAAGCACAUCCCGAAAUUAGACAGCAGGAGCGAUAACGAGGAGGAGGAGGAAGAGGAGGAAGGAGAGCAAAGCGAUUCGGAGAUGUCGGACCUUAUUGAUACCAAGGAUCCCCGAGAGGACGGUGCUGGCACACCAGAAGACUCUCCUCCAAGGACAAGAUUUAUUCCUAUACCACCUGAAGAUUACGAGGCACCUACGCGGCCGUAUAGGGAUCCGGCCGAGGUGGCUAACAACCGCCUCCCGUUCAUGACGCCUAUCACGGAACGUACAGAAUCUUCUCUUGGUCUAAUUACGGGAGCAAAACCGCGUUACGACGGUACGAAGACUCCAAACGGCCAUAUCGACUUAGCGGAGGAGGAUGGAGAUGAGGAUGAGGAAGACGACGAAGACUUCGAACCGCUGAGUAGUCCUCUACGGGAAGUUCUUAGUGAGCGUCGAUCCCCCCCCAAGAUCGCACAACCUCUUCUUAAAAAGCUCAAGACGACGGCAACUGCAACUCCCCCUAGCCAAGGGAAGGCAAAGGAGGUGCAGAAGGGACCAAUUAUUAAGGAGCCCAUGUGCAACCCUGUUGAUACGGCUAUUCGAGAGGAAAUUCUUACACAUAUGCGCCCAUCACUGAGCUCGUAUUCUGGAUUCUAUGAUCACCGGACCGAGCGAUGCGACAAGGGUGCUGAAAUCCGCAAGUUCGUCAAAGCCGUAGCAAAGUCGGGAAGCAAGAGGGAUAGUGAAAAGACCGGUACUAUUCACACUCCGGUUAUCCUCGAGUUCCCCGAAAUCAUGGGCGAAUACACUGUGAAGCGGGAGUUAGGUGCUGGCGCAUUCGCCCCUGUCUAUCUCGUUGAGAACUCGUCACCGGAAGAUGGCGAAAACGACGAAAACGCUCCCGUCGCCAUGGGCAAAGGCGUUUUUGCUACGUCCCGCCGCGCUACCCUUGAGGCUCUGAAGAUGGAGCACCCGCCUACGGCUUGGGAAUUCCACAUGAUGCGACUCUCAGCUUCACGCUUAGGACCGCACCACCGCGCCACAGCCUCCAUCUCGGCCGCGCACGAACUUCACCUAUACCAAGACGAGGGAUUCUUAUUCUUACCAUUCCAUCAACACGGCACACUCCUCGACGUAGUCAACUUCUUCUGCGAGGCAUCCAAAGGCCCCAUGGACGAGCCCCUCGCCAUGUUCUUUAGCAUCGAGCUCCUGCGCACCGUCGAAGCUUUGCACUCCAAGCAAAUCAUGCACGGCGACCUCAAGCCCGACAACUGCCUGCUCCGCCUCGACGACACGGCCCCGCCCUCGGGCCCCUGGCGCGCAGACGGGUCCGCCGGCUGGGACGCGCGCGGCGUGGUGCUGAUUGAUUUCGGGCGCGGCAUCGACAUGCGCGCAUUCGAGCCGGACGUGCAAUUCGUGGCGGACUGGCGCGCAGACCAGCACGACUGCGCCGAGGUGCGCGAGGGCCGCCCGUGGACCUGGCAGCUCGACUACCACGGGCUGGCGGGGACGAUCCACACGCUGCUGUUCGGCAAGUACAUCGAGACGACGCGCGCGGACUCGGGCGAGCGCGGGCUGUGCACGGCCGCGGCCCGCAGGUACAAGGUCCGCGACCCCCUCAAGAGGUACUGGCAGACGGACAUCUGGGCCGAGUGCUUCGACCUGCUGCUCAACCCCGGCGCGCACGUCGAGGCGGAGGAGGCGUGCCGCAUGCCGGUCACGAGGGGCCUGAGGAGGGUACGGGAGCGCAUGGAGAGGUGGCUGGAGAUGAAUUGCGAGAAGGGCGUUGGGCUGAGGGGGCUGAUGGCUAGGGUGGAGGGGAUGGCGAGGAGUCGGAGACACUGACUCGUUGCUUGAGCUUGUGCCCCUUUUUAUUCGGGUUUCAUUUUAUUUUAUUUCAUUUUUUUUUUUACGUAUUGGAAGGGAUGAAGGAUAGAGCGACGGAGGAUGGAGCGACGACGAUGAGUUUUACUAACGCUUGCACGACGACU